UAGCUAAACAGGCAAAGGGGAGAUAGAGGCGCAGGCCUGGCGUUGGUGAAAUAAUUUCGUUUCUCUUGUUUUGGGGUUAGCUGUUUGUAACGUAGGUUUUUUGUUGUUGCGCAGGCUUUGAAUCCGUCGUAGCCGAAGUCACGGGGAAUUGUCUCUUGGUUUCCACGAAAACUGACAGGAAGGAAGAGACUGUUUUAAUGUGUGUGGCAUCGAGACAAGAAGCACCAUGAGUGCAGAGAUGGAUGCACUGACUGUGGUGAACCAGCUGCGGGAUCUUGCCGCAGACCCCCUGAACCGAAGAGCCAUAGUAGAAGACCAAGGCUGUUUGCCAGGUCUUAUCCUCUUUUUGGACCAUCCAAAUCCACAGGUUGUCUACUCUGCACUAUUGGCCGUGCGCUACCUGGCAGAAUGUCGAGCCAACAGAGAGAAGAUGAAGGGCGAACUGGGCAUGAUGCUGAGUUUGCAGAAUGUCAUGCAGAAGAGCACCUCACCUGGGGAGACCAAACUGCUGGCCUCAGAGAUCUAUGAGAUUUUGCAGUCAGCUGGUAAAGAAGAGGCUGAGAAGGCCGAGGCAGCUGCUGCCUCCUGCCGGCGCAAAGCCCAUUUCUUCCUGGGCUCCAACAACAAGAGGGCCAAAACUGUCGUGCUGCACAUCGAUGGACUGGACGAUUCUACUCGAAGGAGCCUGUGUGAGGAGGCCUUGCUGAAGAUUCGAGGAGUCAUUAGUUUUACCUUCCAGAUGGCUGUUAAGAGAUGCGUUGUCAGGAUCCGCUCUGACCUUAAAGCUGAGGCGUUGGGAACGGCCAUUAACUCCACCAAAGUACUGAUGGCUCAGCAGGUGGUGAAGACAGAGGAUGGAGGAGAGCUGAUGGUGCCAUUCCAGGAGGAUUCAGCGGUGGUGGUCGAGGAAAACACAGACAUCCCAGACUACCUGCCUGAGGACGAGAGUCCCUCCCAGGAGCAGGACAAAGCUGUCACACGUGUAGGAUCUAUCACUGACGGCAUGGGCUGGCUCAGUACGGCUGCCAACUUCCUGUCACGCUCUUUCUACUGGUGACAGCUUCGCGUGAUCUGCUCUUUGUUCCCUAUUUUGUCAAAGGUACCAUCCAGCUGCAGACUUAGCAUCUCUCAGCCUCCUCCCAGGCUCCAGCCUGCCUCACAGCCCUACACUAGUCUAGACUCCCAGCUCCAAAGCACAUAGAGUCCAGCCACAUGUGUGCAGCAAGAGCUGGACUGUCAGGUGAAGCCUGCAAUAAUUUGCGUACAUCUAUUACGAGCUACACAUCCCACUACUGGCUGUAUGUGCACAACUAUAUACUAGCUGCAUAUGUAACUAAAAGACAUAGCCAGAGGACUCAAUGAAACCAAAUAGCUUUCUGGGAAUGUGUCUCGCGGCGUCGACUGGGUUGCGGCAGGUUUAUUUAACUUUUUUGAGGCGAUUUUGUGUAUCUUGAAAAUAGAGUGAUCUCUUUUUUUAUGCAUGAUUUUUUUCCCCUGAUGUCUAAUUCCAAUCAUAGUCCCAUUAACACAUAUUUUUCAUAUUUUUAUCCUUUAAUUUCCUAAUAAUGUAAUUUCUGCCUCUUCCUCCAUUUUUCUUUUGUUUUUAAAGCAUGUUGUUACACUUUUGUGCCAAUUUUCCUGAUGCUGACCUCCUUGAUUAUUGUGUGUGCCUUUUUUGACAUUUCACUGUAAUUAUUAUUUAUUCAUCACUCAUUCAAACUAUUUGAGAGCUCCGAGCAUGUUUAAUGUUUGUUGUUUGCUGGCAGCAGCUGCCCCCUCCCCCGGCUUUCUGCCCACUGAGGGACGUCACUUCAGUAGAAAUAGUAAAUAGACACCAGCAAGAGGACACAUUGACUCAGAUGUAUUAGACUGCAUUGCCUGUUGGCUGAUUAACAAACAAGCCCUCAAUGUCUUUGUUUGUGUCUGAAACCAGGACUUUUCUGGUCUUCUAAUAAGAAGGAGUGUUCAACCGCGGGCCCUGCAGUAUCUGUCAACUUUAGGCUACCUUUGCUUUCAGCUUCCUGUCCUCACAUCAACAUUAUGGUCUUCUGUAGUUUUAGUAGAACCGUGUAUCAGCAUGGUGAAGACAAACCCAUUAGCUGUGUGUUUGUCAAAUGCUUCCAGUGUUACCUGUACUUCCACUGACAUUUUUUACAGUAUUGUAGCGGCUCCUGAUGAUAAGGUUAAUUUUCAGUUUAGCCAGCAGUGUCCUUAAAGCAAAGAUCAUGCUGGUGCAUGCUCAACAAAACGCGCACACACACACACACACACAUCCAUAUAGAGGAUUUAGUAACGCUGGCAUAGGAGCAGUAGUGUAAGAAAGGUAUGGUUAUGUAUGUGUUGUAAAUGGCGACUGAUUCCCUAAAAUCCGAUACAUGUGAAGGAUUUUUUUGAGUUUUAGUAAUAAUGGUUUUAAUUUUAAGUUGGAUUAUGAGGUUCAUACGGUUAACACUAAUCCUCUUAGUGAGUUUUAAAAGAAAAAUUAACCCUUACAACUAAAUCACUCUAUGUUUUGAUAUUUUGAUGUAUUCGAGCGUCGUGUCUUUUAUUCUUUUGAUGAAGCGUAGGUGGCAAACAGAUGAACGGCAAGGAUUCGAACUGAAUAACCUCAACUGAUGAACCAUAAACCCUCUGGAAAAGCAAUAAUCACUUAUGUAUUUAAUAUAGUUCAACAACAGCCUAAAAAUCAACAUUUUUGAACAAGAAGGUGUGAGCUAAAAAACAAGACUUGUGAGCAGUAUUAAAGUCGCAUCAUUAACGUGUCCAUUUUCACAAACCUCCAUGUGCAGUUUCGUUGUAAUGUUUUCAGUCUGGGCUCAUACUGCAAAGAAAUACUUGAACAGUGUUCAGAAUUGUCCGUAUGUGUUGAUCAAAGUGUAAAUUCUUUUUAAUUUUAGAGUUGCCACAGCUGUACGGUUGACAGAGAACCACUGACAAAGUCCUCAAACAUGUAACUUCAUGUGUACAGACAUCCACUGUCAGCAGAUGUACUAUAAUGUAUGCAGAUCUUAAAAUUGUAGAAUUCCACACACUGUUAAUGCAAAUAAUGAUAAAGGUACAAAUCUAA